CGCCGCGCGCCGCCGUAGUUGGCGGAUUUUCCUUCCGUUCAUUGCGUUUUGUUAUAGUUUUCAAAAGACGGGUACCGCGUCGUCGACGAACGCGUAACAGCGUCUCCGUGCCCCCGUUGUGCUGUUUCCCAACUCGUUGUGAUGAUUUUCCGAAUAUUCCGCGUCAUUCUCAGUAGUUCGCAGUAACUACAUAUUCGUGCAAUCCUUCGAAAGGUUAAUGUUACGAAUUUCAACUCAUACUGCCAUCCGUAUAAUUAACAUACAAUGAAGUUGGCUUAAUUUCAAUGAUACAAGAGAAUGACGAAUCGCGUUAUUGGGAUGUCGAAGAUGAAUGGAGCGAGCUUAGGAUAUUCAUACCAUUUACCUUCUGGAGGUUGGAACUUCAAGAUCAGAAAUGCACUCUCUCAGUUCAGCGAUAUCUUCAGCGAAUUCAACAAGUACAUUGCGCCAGCCUACCACCAUGACCGUUGUGAAAGAUCUGUCCAAAUGCGAUUGUACUCGAUGCACAAGCGUGAAUUUGUCAUGGUUUUCGUUGCGUUCUUCGCGUGUUUUGGACUCGCUGUAUUCAUUGGCCUAGCAGGUCCACCGAUAACUUCAACCACGGAGCAAAAGGCACAUUUGAAUGGCAGCGAAAUGGCCACAGGACCAUACAUCAUGCGCACACCUGCCCUUUCUACUUACAGCCAGCAGCUUUGGGUCAUUGCAAAGUUGUCCACCUCCAACGUCGACAAUGAAAGAUACGACGAGAGUUUUCAAGUCAGCGUCUCCAUCGACGGUCAAGUGUCAGACCGUAAAGCUGUAUCCAUUUUAGCACCGGAAGCUGGCCACAACAGGACGAGGCACCUCAAGUGUGAACGCCAAUCUUGCGAGGAGUUAGUCGUGGUGCACCUCGGUUUUCUCGACUAUUCGCAUUACAUAAUCACCGUGCGUUUCCACGGGCUAGAAAGUUUUUAUCAGCGAUACAUCAUUCGUGACCUCACAUUCUAUUUCAAGAAUUACAAUCCGGCAUUCACGCAGAUUGAAAUAUGGUUCAGGUUGAUCUUUCUUCUGGCAACUUUCGUAGUGACGUGUUGGUUUGGUCAUUCACUGCGAAAAUAUCCUGUUCACGAUUGGUCCAUUGAACAGAAGUGGUUGUCCAUUCUCCUGCCACUCCUGAUUCUUUAUAACAAUCCACUUUUUCCAAUGACUUUUUUGGUGAAUUCUUGGGUGCCUGGAAUGCUCGAUGCCAUACUGCAAACAACCUUUUUGUGUGCUAUUCUCAUGUUUUGGCUCUGCGUCUACCACGGUCUACGACAGAAUGAGAGGCGACUGGCCACAUUUUAUCUACCCAAACUGCUAGUAGUCGGAAUGCUAUGGGGUGCAGCCCUAACACUUGCCAUGUGGUUACGGUGCACAGAACUUGAAGACCCUACCUACAAUUAUGUUCUAGACACUUCAAAUUACUACGGGUUCAAGGUAUUCUUCUUCACAAUUGGAGGGGUUUACGUGGCAUAUCUACUUUUGCUGAUACUACAAGCGUACAGCGAAUUGCGCUCGAUGCCUUAUUUCGAUUUAAGGUUGCGAUUCCUGACGCUUUUGGCUGGCGUUGUUGCCGGCGUCUGCACUUUGGUAACAACACGACAUUUUGGGACUGGUGUAUUUGAGGACAGCUUCGCUUCCAGACUGUCGACGUACUACAGAACUUCCGCUCAGUUUAUGGCACUUUAUGGCCUCCUCAACUUCUAUCUCUACACAAUGGCCUAUGUCUACGCACCGGCUCUACAGCAGGUGUAUGGGCAACAUUCUUCGAUAACAAAAGACAACCCAGCUUUUUCUAUGAUUAACGAAUCGGACGAAGAUGUAAUCUAUGGUUCUGAUGAGGAGAGUCGUCGGCCGUUGACUCGGCCGCCCCGAAAUACCGACGACAGUGACUGAGGUGGCAAAUUUUUCACACUUAUACCUCAAAAGAGGAAAUAGCCUUAAAAAGAAGAUGAAGGUGGUGAUGAAGGAGAAGUCAAUGAUGACACAGAAGUAGAAAAAGAGGCAAAGGAAACAGAAGAAAUAUGAAGCAGGCGUGGAGUGAGAUGUCAGAAUGAAAACGGUAUAAAGAGCAGUUUAGUUUGUUCAUGGAAAUAUUGUUGUUCGUGGUUGUCUUUUGACAUUAAUGAAGAUGUCUUUUGGCAUCGAUCUGUAUAAAUAUAUUAUAUCUUUGCUGUUUAUUAAAAACCGCUUGGGCAGCUGUUACACAGUUCGAUAAGCACUCUCUGUUGA